AUGGAUAUGAACCCUGGUUUCUCUGGUGUACCCGCUAACAACGGUGCCCCUUCCGGCCCUAUGGCCUACUCCAACGGCACUCCUCCCGCCCCUGACAUGGGCGGCGUUGCCCCUCCCCCUGGAUCUGGCCCCGACUCUCCCAAGACCACCCUCUGGAUGGGUGAGCUCGAACCUUGGAUGGACGAGAACUUCAUCAAGGGCGUCUUCUUGUCUUCGGCUCAUGAAAAUGUAAACGUUAAGGUCAUCCGCGACAAGAACUCUGGCAACGCCGGCUACUGUUUCGUCGAGUUCCAGAGCCCCGAGGCUGCCACCAAGGCCCUCAACAUGAACGGUUCACAAGUCCCUAACAGCAGUCGCUCCUUCAAGCUCAACUGGGCCUCUGGUGGUGGUCUUGUUGACCGACGGGAUGAUCGCGGCCCCGAGUACAGCAUUUUCGUCGGCGACCUUGGUCCCGAGGUCAACGAGUACGUCCUGGUUUCUCUCUUCCAGGCUCGUUUCCCCUCUUGCAAGUCUGCCAAGAUCAUGACCGAUGCUAUGAGCGGUCAGAGCCGCGGCUACGGCUUCGUUCGCUUCUCUGACGAGAACGACCAGCAGCGCGCCCUCGUUGAGAUGCAGGGAGUCUACUGCGGUAACCGACCCAUGCGAAUCUCUACUGCUACCCCCAAGAACCGUGGCAACCACGGCUUCGGUGGCCAAGGACACCAGCAUGGCGGUCCUAUGAUGCCCGGCAUGCCCCAGCAGCAGCAGAUGUGGAACGGUGGUGGGAUGCAGGGCUUCCCUUAUGGAGGUUUCAACCCUGCUACCCAGAUGAACCAGUUCACUGAUCCCAACAACACCACCGUCUUUGUCGGUGGUCUUUCCGGCUACGUCACCGAGGACGAGCUUCGAUCAUUCUUCCAGGGCUUUGGCGAGAUCACCUAUGUUAAGAUACCGCCUGGCAAGGGCUGCGGUUUUGUCCAGUUUGUCCACCGCCACGCCGCCGAGAUGGCCAUCAACCAGAUGCAGGGCUACCCUAUCGGUAACUCUCGUGUCCGCCUCAGCUGGGGUCGAUCUCAGAACAACUCUGGCGUCGGCACUCCCUACCGCCCUGCUCCCCCUCCCCCUCACUACAUGGGCAUGCCCAGCCACGGCGGACCUGGCAACUACGGCCCUCAGCACUUUGGUGGCCCUGCUCCCGGUCCCCAGGGACCUCCUGGACCUCCCGGCCCCGGCCCCAACGGCCCUCCUCAGUCAUUCCUAGCCUGGUACUCUGGCUUUGACUUGGCACGCAUCCCGUCAGCUUUUACAGGAGGAUCAGUUGCAAGGCGCUGCAAUCGGCGUCGUGGGUGA